GUCGGAGUCAAGAAUGUUGUGUUGUGCCUUGUUGUAAGAAUUUAGUUUCGUAUUUUUAUUUGAACUAAAUAUGGUCUUUCCAUUAUUUUUAUUCUAAAGUCUAGUAUCUAGUGUACGACUUUAACAACCACGGUCAGUGUAAAAUGUUUAAAUGUGAUAUUUUGCGUGUUUGGUGCCUGUUUCUUGUGAAUUUCUUAUUACUAAUAGCCCUGACAAAGGACACCGUUAUUGCUCAGGAAUUAAAAAGUCCAGCGCCAGAGUUCAGACGACAUAGACUAGUGAGGCCUGCAGUGCAUCAUGGACGGACCAAAAGAGAGAUUACCACAACACGAGAUGAUACAGGGGCGCACCAUCCAGAGGUGACGGUAAAGUUGGAUAUAGAUGGGGAGGAGCAUUUGCUUGACUUGAGACUGAACGAGGACCUGGUCACUGACAACCACGUGCUCAGCUACCAAAAGAAUGGCGAGACUGUCCUGCAUAAGCCUAAGAAAGAGGAGUUGGAUCUUUGCCAGUAUUCUGGCAAGGUCCGUGGCAAGGAUAGCUCGUGGGUAGCCGUUUCCACCUGCCAUGGGGUGCGGGGCGUUGUGUACGAUGGUACAAGAAUGCGAUAUAUAGAGCCAGCUGAAGGUGGUGAGUUCAACUCUCAGCAUUACAUCUACGACCAUUCAGACCUGCAAGCUGUACAUCGCUGCGGAUACGAAGGUGGUGUCACGAACAAUACUCAGUACGACCCGCAACUUAUGGAUAAACAUAAUACAAGACGUAGCAUCGAACAGAGCCGAAUUAAUAGGUAUAAACGCGAGACUUAUGACGACACAGAGGUGCGAGGUCCUUUCAACGCUAACAAACAGUCGAGAUACGUAGAGUUAGUGCUGGUCGCUGACAAUAGAGAGUACAAAGCUAACGGGGAGAAUCUGCAGACCGUACAUCGACAGUUGAAAGAUGUCGCUAAUAUUAUUAACUCUGUAUAUGCGCCUCUAAAUAUCUUCAUAGCUCUAGUAGGCGUAGUGGUGUGGAGUGAGAGAGACGAAAUACAAUUAGAAGAGAAUGGAGAUAGGACUUUGACUAAUUUUCUUGUAUACAGGAGGAUGAGACUCUUAUCUCAAAUACCUAAUGACAAUGCGCACUUAUUGACUCGUCAAAAGUUUCAAGAAGGUGUAGUGGGGAAGGCACUAAAAGGUCCAAUAUGUACAUUCGAGUUCUCAGGCGGUGUGGCAACCAAUCAUUCAGAAGUUAUAGGUUUGGUUGCCACAACCAUUGCCCACGAGAUGGGACACAACUUCGGUAUGGAACACGACACGGAAGAAGACUGCGAGUGUCCCGAUGAGAAGUGUAUAAUGAGUCCUUCUAGUACUUCAGUUAUGCCGAUACAUUGGUCUUCUUGUAGCUUAAGGUCUUUGGCACUGUCUUUUGAACGGGGAAUGGAUUAUUGUCUAAGAAACAAACCUCGACGUCUAUUCGAGUCGCCGACAUGUGGCAACGGUUUCGUGGAGAUCGGGGAGCAAUGCGACUGCGGUAUCGGACAGGAACCGUCGCGAGCUGCCUGCGUCGCCUGCUGCGACCCCAACACCUGCAUGUUGCGUAACAACGCCAGCUGUGCUGCAGGAGAAUGCUGCGAUCUUAAUACAUGUCGUCCGAAAUCAGCGGGCACUGUGUGCAGGUCGGCGGAUCGCGAGUGUGACCUGCCUGAGUACUGCAGCGGACACUCAGAGUACUGUCCCAGAGAUGUACAUCGCAUGGACACCACGCCCUGUGGUAAUGGACAGGCGUACUGUGUGCGAGGCGCAUGUCGCUCACACACAGACCAGUGCCGGCUGCUGUGGGGCUCCACAGGCGAGAGUUCCGACACUCGCUGUUAUACAUCUACUAAUAUAAAGGGCACUAAGAACGGUAACUGCGGCUACGACCGCAUCCGUCAGAUCUUCCGGCCGUGCUCUCCGGCGGACGCGCGCUGCGGACUGCUGCAGUGUCGACAUCUCAACGAGCGUCUAGAGUUCGGCAUGGAGUCUGUGGCACAGCUCUCCGCACUAUUCAUCAAUAAUAAUGGCACUAUAAUCCCAUGCCGCACAGCAAUAAUCGAUCUAGGUCUCAGCGACGUGGACCCCGGCAUGGUGCCGGAUGGAGCUAAAUGUGGAGAUGAUAAGAUGUGUUUAAAUCAAAGAUGUGUGAAUGUAGAAGCAGUACGAGCGGCAAUAGCGAAGAAGGAGACAGCAGUUUGCCCGACUAAUUGUUCCGGACAUGGAGUUUGUAAUUCUGAAGGACAUUGUCAUUGCGACGCUGGGUUUGCGCCUCCACUCUGCGCUCUGCCCGGACCUGGCGGCUCCUAUGACUCUGGACCAGCAACUGAUUCAAGCAUCCAACGUAACUUCAUGGUGGCGAUGUAUGUGAUAUUCCUCGGGAUCCUACCUUCGAUACUGCUGCUGCUCUUCCUCAUCUACUACUCUCGCCAAAACGUACUCUGGUGGAAGAAACCACGCAAAACCGUACAAUCACCAAAGAAGACAAGUUUGCAACGACGUUUGUCGCGCGGUGCGAGCAAGUUCGCCGCAAACUUCCAAAACGGCGGCCAAAACAACCCACAGCCCGUCAGCGUGCAUACACUUUCCAACCCAGACGACAUGAGCUCCAGCUUACUGCGCGCAGACGCCGAGCGCAGCCCCAAUGGAAACCUCAAUCCUACUGUCAAUUUCUUCGGCAACUUCAAAGGUUUCUCCCUCACGCCCAUCGACAAAAACCAACCGCAAACCGACAAAACCGAACCUCCGCCCGUUAAAGAGAAAACCAAAACAGAAACCGUCGCAGCGAAGAGUGCCAAAAUCACACCCGUCCACAGAAGCGGCAGCAACAGUCAGAAUCUCAUCAACCAGAGCGUUCUCAAGCCUGUGCUGAGGUCUGCGCCCCCGCUGCCCGUCGUACCCACCGCAAACACCAGCCCCAAAACAAGUCCGUCCAUAAAACGAACCAACAGCUCGGUUCAAAAUAGAAUAAAGGCCCUAAUGAAUACGGAGAAGACGGAAGAUGUUCCUUCUACGGCCAACCCCGCGCCUCGGCCCGUCAUAUCCAGCCCCAUUCUGGAAGCUUCCACCUGCACCGCCAAGGAACUGAUAUCGCCUCUCCAGGGCUCCAAGACUCUAGGCCCGAUUCGCGCCGCCCCCACAGUGCCCGGGAUAGCGGCCGACUUAAAACCGAGACCUGUCAGUAUGCACUCCGGCGCCGUGCCACAGAAACCGUUGCCCGAGGAACCGAAGAAAGUUAAAGAGGGAAUCUCACUGAACAGAAUAGCGUCGUUCCUCAAGCAGGAGAAGCCUAAAGAGAAGGAACGCCACCCGGUCGAAAGAAGUCACUCGCUACCCAAGAAUCCGAAUCAUCAAGUCAAAGGACCUAAAUCUGUCGAUAAAGUAGCGUUGAGAAAUUUACAAAUAUCGAACCCGAUAGUGCAAAAACAAAUCGAUUUGCCUGUUAGUACGAUUCCCGUGGUUUCCGAUACGGAAGAUCCUGACGAUGGUAAAUCAUUCGUGAACCGAGCUCAGAGUAUGCGAGCUCCGACGUCUCAGAAACCUCAGCUGCAGAGCUUCGGGUCGAUGCGGCAGCCGGCGCCGCGCCCCCUGUCUGUGGCCGGCCGUCCCACUGCACCCCCGCCACCCCUGCCGCACCCCACACACCCCUCACAGCCCUCACAGCCCGCACACACAGACACAUCCAUCUACCAAAACCCUAAGGCACUCGAAAUUAAAUCAGUCGACUACGUGGAUUGUAUAGAAGAAAAAUCUGCACCAUUGGCUCACAUCGACGAGGAGUCCGGAGAUAAUAUCUAUGCUAUCAUAGAGGAGAGCCCAGAAAAACACUCCAAACCCUUGCCCGGAGUACCUCCUCCUGUUAAAACUAUCCCCCAACCGCCACCAGUGGGCUACAAUACUCCUAAACCUGUCACUUCCACUUCUGGAAGUACAGAAAGCGUCGGUCUUCUAGGAGAAAUUGUCAACGAGAUUCAAAAUCGUAACUUCGAUUCCAUAUAUUCCGCCUCGACUCUAUCGAGAAAGAAAGAGAAGGAGAGGAAAGAAAAGAACGCCGAGAAUAAAAGAGACAGCACGUACAUGAAUGCUGAUCAUUAUAAAACGCCGGAGAGCGUUUACAGUAAUUCCGGUGCUAAAUCUAGCUCUGCUUCAACGACUAGUAGUGGAUACCUCCAUCCUUCGGCCGUUAACGUUCCAACGUACAUGAAAGAAAAAGACAACAACAAUGAAACGAAGGAGACGGACAGAGCGCCGCCGUCUCCCACUUUAAAGGUGAACUCAAAAAUACCAACAUUUUCGCGACAAGUUACGCCUCCCGGUCUCAAAAACACGACCACCUUCAAAAAUGUUCCUCAAUCACCGAAAAAUACAAUCAAAAAUGCUAAUAUAACCCCUAAAAUUAUACCCAACAGUCCAGAUUUAGUAUCGAGUUGUGCAAUGGUUGACACGAAAAAUGUUAAAGCCCCAGAUGUUAUUAAUAAUAACAAAAUACUCAACGAACCGCCUAAAGUAGCCGCAAAGCCGACAGUUCCUGUUAAAAAUGCAGAUAACCGACCACCUCUAAAACCAGCGCCGACAAUAGACAAGAAAACAACAAACAAAACACAAGUUAAAACAAAUCCAUCCACAAACGUUAGCAAAACAAUAGAUAAACCGAAUAUAAACCGUGUACAAUCUAAAAUAGACUCUAACGUUAAAGCCAUAGCGGAUAAUUUGAAUAAAAAUAAGCCUAAAGUAGUUCCAAAACCUAGUACAAUUAAUGUUCAAAGAACGGAAUCUAACGUCAAAACGAAUCCAACAAAAUUAUCUUCGAAACCGUCUAACGUAGCAAGUUUACAGCAAAAAUUUGAGAACAGAAAGUCAUUGGGGAAAGAAAUCAAUGUACCUAAAAAAUAACCUAUUUUAAUAUGAACCUGUACCAAGAAAUUUUAAAUUAAAGAGACUGAUAAUCCAUAAUAAUUGUAAUCUAACAUAUACAAAAGCCUAACUGUCGGUUUCUUUUACCCGAAAAUAUAGUGUCAUAUCUUUCAUUCGCCUUAAAAAAAAAAAAAACGAGAUAACAAUGUACUGUACUAUUGUUACAGUAGACACGAUUAAAGGCAAGACGUAGUUGAUGAUUAUAUUCCUUUUAUUUCACUCAAAAUAUUUACAAAUUCAGUGUCUCGGCUAACGAGUUCACUUUGCAUAUCGACGCUGGAAAGCAUAAACGCUGUAACCCUUGAAAUCGCGAAUAUGUUUUUCACAC